UUACUAUGCCCAUUUAAUUGUCAGUGCGGCGGUAAAAGAAAUUGAAAAGACCGUCGAAGUUUUUAACUAUAUUUUUGAAAACUUACCAAAAAUGGACGAAGAAGGAGAUAGUAUUCUGUUAGAAGACAAUUAUUAUCAGUUGCUUAAUAUAUCGAAAACGGCAACACCCGAAGAAAUAAAUAGUGCAUACCGUCGAUUUUCCCGCAUAUUUCAUCCAGACAAGCACAGCACGGAUCCAAACAAGCAAAAAUGGGCCGAACAAAUAUUCAACAAAGUCAAAGAUGCCUAUGAGGUCCUAUCAGAUUCACAUAAAAGGGCUAUUUAUGAUACCUUGGGAAAGAGAGGCCUGGAAGUUGAGGGUUGGGAGAUUAUAUUUCGAACCAGAACUCCUCGAGAAAUCAGAGAAGAAUAUGAAAGGUUGAAACGCGAGAGAGAAGAGAGAAGGCUACAGCAAAGUGCGAACCCCAGAGGCACCAUAACACUAUCAAUAAAUGCAACGGACCUGUUUAUGAAGUAUUAUGAUGAAUAUGAUAUACUGGAAGAUGCAGCUAUCAUACCAAGUAUUGAAGUUUCCGGAAUGACUAUACAACAAUCUAUUGAUGCCCCGGUAACGCUUAGGAAUACUGCUACACUAUCUGGGAAUAUUUCAACACAAAAUGGGACAGGCACGGGUUCAUUAACUAUAUCAAAUCGGCACUUAAGUUCAGAACGCGGGUGGACUGAAUUGGAAUGUGGUAUUGGAAAUGGACCGGUGUUCGGUUUCAAGAUAUUCAGAACAAUAUCUAGGCUUAUGUUUGUUAAUUGUUGGACUGGUCUUCAAUUUACGCCGAGAGGGAUAGUACCAAGUUUUGCGUCAACAAUGGCAUUACAGCUUGAUGCCCAUUCAGUGGGAUACUUAACUUACCGGGCGGGUGGUCAAAGUGGUUCAUCAAUGACUUCAACCUAUGUGAGAGACUCGGAGAAGUAUCACCUUAAUACUGCAAUGCAAAUUGGCAACCCUCAUUCCUUCAUAUCGUUCAAUGUCAUGAGGAAGCUUCCUCAGCAUGAUCUCAAGCUGCGCUUGGCUUUAAAAUUCGGUACCUUCGGCGCAAUAGCUGAAUACGGAGCUGAAAAAAAGGUGUCACAAAACAGUAGUGUAUCGGCCGCGGUGAUGCUCGGCAUACCUAGUGGUGUUAUGCUUAAAUUAAAAUGGUCGUGUUCGUCUCAAACCAUAGUGGUACCUAUCCACUUAUGCGAGGAAGUCAUACCUUCGCCUGUAUUUUAUGCAACGGUGGUCCCAAUGAUAUCUUGGCUGGUGUUGAAGAAACUUGUACUGGAUCCUAUAGCUAGGGAGAGGCAACAGAGGGAGCGACAGAGGUCGAUGGAGGCUAAUUUCGAGAGGUUACAAGAAAUGCAGCGACAAGCACGGGCAACGGUCGAGCUGAUGAGAGAAACGUAUACCAGGAUCAGAAGUGACGAGGAAAAGAAAAAGGGCCUGGUCAUAAUUAAGGCCUUAUAUGGAAAGUUACCUACUGGUGCGUCAGACCACGAAAUACCUAUCGAACAAAGCGGUGAUACAGCAUCCCCCGAAUCGCCGAAUGCGUAUUCAGAAGUCAUAGACGUAACUAUACCAGUACAAUGUCUCACCAAAGAUUCGAGAUUAGAACUAUUGGAAGCUAGCAAGUAUGAGCUGCCCGGUUUCUACGAUCCUUGUGCGGGCGACGAGAAACAUCUAACAAUCCAGUACAUGUUUCAUAACAAUCUUCAUUGUUGCACAGUUGAAGACAAUCAGUCCGUUAUUCUGCCACGCAAUAAUCAUCGAAUAAAGAAUCGGUCCUGAAAAAUAAAGUCGAGGCGCUAGUAUUAAGCGUCUUUACUAGCAGCUAUAAUCAACGGUACAAAAUCCAGAAAAUCGUAUCGGUAACCAUUGUCGCGAAACAUUCCAUUACCUAGUGUUGCCAUUAUAAUAAUAAUAAAUAUGCUUGAAGCGCACAAAACAUCAUAAAACAUUUUCCUAUUUGUUUCGUAUAUACCGUAUU